UGUUUGAACCACUGACAGGUGGAAUGCAUUUGUUGCUAAGUAGCAAGAGUCGUUAUUAAUUGACAGAUCAAAUAUUGUUUAUUUUUAUUUUAGAACUGAUUUGGUGUUUUAAUUUCGCAAUAUUUUAUGUUUUUCGACACAUUUUUCAAAAAAAAAAAAAUAAUAAUAAUAAUGGACGAACAAGAUGAAUUGAGUCGUGAAGCGAAAUAUCGUUUGUAUUGUGAUCAGCGUAUGGCGCAGCAAAUUCGUGAAAAUAGUCAAGAAUUGCGUGAAUUAGAAACAAGAAUUCGUGCGGCUUACGUAAACAAGUCGUUAAAAGUCCAGUUGGCCGAACGCGAGAAAAAACGUCUGCAAGAAAAACUUCAAAUCGAACAAGAUGUUCAACAAAUGAAACAAAAACUCAACAACGAUCUACAGCGGGAGCGACAAAAAAAGCAAGAACUACAAUUAAAACAAGAACAACAUCGUCGAGAAUUACUCGAGCAAAUUGCUGAUAAACAAUUCAAACGGAAAAUACUCUACGAAGAAUUUCUCAAAGAGAAAAUCAUCAUCGACGAAAUUAUGGCGCAAAUUCAACGAGAAGAGAUCGAGGAAAUUCAAGAGAAAUUACGAAAAACUGAAUGUUUGCGAACGGACAUAGUGCGAUUGAUUGAAGAGCAAAAUGAAUGGAAAGAGCAACAAAAACGCAUCGCUACCGAAGAGAAUGAAAAAAUUGUCAAAUACAUUGUCGAACGUGAGGAAUAUGCAAAACGAAUGAAAGAUAUCGAUCGUGACAAAAUGUUGGCGAAGCUCGAACAACAACAGCAAAUGUGCUUCGAACUGAACGAAAUUGAGCGCCGAAAAUUGGAACGAGAAGAAGUGCUUAUUGAGCUUAAAUGUAAGGAAGUUCACGAGAAGCAGUUGGUAUUGGAUAGAAAACAACUGGAAGAUCGGAUUCGACAGCAAAUGAAAGCCAAACUUGAGCUAGAAAAUCAAUUAAAAGAAAUUGAAAUGAGAAGACUGCAUAGAAAGCAGAAUGAAGAUCGAUUCCGUGAAGAUCAACUCAAACGGUUGGCCGAACAAGAUCGAUUAGAGUUGCUCACAAAGGAAAGACAACGCGUUAAAAAACAAGAACAUUAUCGAAUUGUUCGUGAAAUGUUAACCGCACGAGAAGAUGCACGCAAUGCUGAAAUAUUCGAUUUAAUUCAAGAGCAAAAUGAACUUUUUCAAAAUGAAAAACGAAGACAAGAAAUAUUUGCAAUUGAACGAAAGAGAAUUAUACAACAACAUGCUGAUGAUAUAAUCGGUUAUUUACCCAAAGAGUUACUUCAAUGACCAAUGCAAAGAUUAUGGCUACGAAUGUAUUGCAUUAUAAUUUAUUUCAAAUAAACUUCUAAACAUCCAUA